AUGUACAAGCAAAUCAUAACCCUCUCCCUCCUGUCCCUCACCACCGCACUCCCCCAACGAAACCGCGGCGGUAACGGUAACAACGGCGGCGGCCAACGCCAACAAGCAACCGCCUUCCAGCAAGCCGCUCAAGUCCCUCAGGGUAUCUCUACCGCGACAGAUGGAUCGAUGAUUCUUGACGACACAGUAAUGGUCAACAACCUGCCCAUUCGCUUCAAAAUCUCCGCCCCAGCAGACCAGUUCCUACCCGCAUCAGGUGUCCCCGGUGCAUCCGCUACAUCCUCCAACGGAACACUAGGCGCAAACGUACUGCUUCACGGCGACGGCGGACAGUCUUUCUUCGACAUGCCGAAUCAAGCUGUGCAGGCUAAUACCAUGGGCGUCGCACUCCUAGCCCCGGAUGAUAAUCUGUUCUGGGGAGGAGGUGCUGGCUUACAGCGGACAGAUGGUGUUGCUCACGCGCAAGCCGUGAAUGAUUUCAUCCAGACGGAGCUACCAGCGCGCGUUGCGGUCAACAUGUCUAACAUCGUCUUUACUGGCGUUAGUGGAGGCAGCCUAAUGAUGUCCGGUUUCUUCAUCCCAGCACAAAUGCAAAACUACGCCAACUCGGCUGUUGAGCUAAACUGCGGUGGCAUGCCGCCGCAAGUCGCGUUCCAGAACGCUGCUACGGUUAUGCAGCAGACGAGGAUACACUUUCAGUCUACGCAGAGUGAGCUCCAGUUACUUCAGGGAAGUAUCCCACAGGCUGUUUCGGCGUACGAACAACUUGGUGCGGAUGCAGGGUUGAGCGCGGCACAGAUCAACCAACUCCAAACAGUUGACAAUACACCGCAGGGAGGGCAUUGCGAGUUCGAUGGUCAGGACUUUGUUUCUGGGGUGCAGACUAUGUCAAGCAGCUAUGCGAAUGUUAUGCAGGGUGGUAAUGGGGCGGUGCAGGGGAUUGGUGCGCCGAGCACUGGUGUUGUCACAACGGGCGUCGUUGGAAACGAGGACUUGCAGUUUGUGGGUGGGAGGAAGCGCGAGGUUGAGGCGAGGAGCAUGAUUCAGAUGCGAUGGGCGCAGGAUGUUGUCGAGGAGCCGGACUUUCAGAUGCUGGCGUGCGACAGGAGUUCAUGCUCGGCAGAUGAGCCCAGGAUCUAG